AUGAGUUUCUAUGCGGAGCAUUUACCUAGGAUUGGGUCGGUUUCGGUCAUAAUUGAGAGUAAUGACAGUAAAGUGCUGGUUAAAAACGUUGAUCCCAAUCAGCUUACAGUUCAAGAUGGUGAUGAUUCAAAGAUAACUAUUAAUUUACCAUGUGAAGUUCAGGUGGAUAAUACUCCUCAACUUAGCUAUCAGGGAAAGGACUGUGUAAUACGGCUGAAGGCUAAGAUUAACUCCUCAAAUGUCUAUUUAGAUAGAGCCUCUAAUUUUAUGGUGGCCUUCUCUCAUCGCUCGAAAUGGAAUAAAAGUGAUCUUUCAAAAGGGUUUGAAUUUGAAUGCAGUGAGUGUGGAGCAGUUCUACUGUCUAAAUUUGAGUUUAAUAGAGUACUUGAUAUGCCCUCCGAGUUUUGGGCCGAAUUUAUGGAUUAUUGGCAUUGUCAUAAACCGCAUAUUGAUUCCAAAGCGCAUACGGACUAUAAAACGAAGUACAACUCGCUUAAGCCAAAGGAAGGAGAAUUGCUUGUUGGAGACUCGUUUCUGUUGCUGGAUAAGAACUGGUUUCCAGAAAGGUUUCCAUUACAAACGGCAGCCCCAACUUGCUUUAAAUGUCUGAAGCCACUAGGAGAAGUGACAGCCGACCACUUGCUAAAGAUAUAUAAGUGGAACCUGAUCCUAAGAAGUGCAGAGGGUCACGCGGAGAACUAUUGCAUUGAGUAUUCCGUUGUUUCAUCUUUAAUGAAUAUCAUAAAUUCGCAUGCUGCUCGUAUUAUCAACUUAAAAGAUGGUACAGGAGCCAUAACUGUUCUUUGGGUUUUUGGGAUUGGAAUAGAUGUAACUCUAUUGGAUAAUACAAUUAUUAAAGGGAGUCUAAAGAUACUAUAUGUUAGCGACCCUGCAGAGGGUUCGAUAGAUGAUAUACACGGGCGCCAGCAGGCUGACUCGCUGACCGUUUCGGAGACGUGCUAUAAAGCAUUUCUCGAGUCAUUGGAAACAACACGGAAUAAACUACCCAUUCGUCAUAGAAGCAUUGAAAAAUGGCACGUAAGUUAUAUAAGCUCCUCGUAA